UCCCAUAGGGCUGUUCAACAUUCUCUCUACAGCAACCCACGUCGCUAUUGCUCUUGGUUGAAGGAACAAGCAAAUAAUAAUGUUGGGCCAGGCUAUACGACGAUUCACAACCUCUGCGGUUCGCUCAUCGCAUUACGGCGAGGGACCAGGACAGAACCUGCCAUUCUCAGUGGAGAACAAGUGGCGUCUGCUGGCAAUGAUGGUGGUGUUUUUCGGCAGUGGCUUCGCCUUCCCCUUCAUUGUUGUCAGACACCAGCUCCUGAAGAAGUGAAGUGGCAAUGCAUGCACGUAACCGCCAAGGUCUGCGCCCAGAACAUAUAUAUAUAUAUAUAUAUAUAUAUAUAUAUAUAUAUAUAUAUAUAUAUAUAUAUAUAUCCAGCAGAACUCUCUUUGUUUCAAGGAAUGGAAAUCCCUAAUUGUGUUUGUAAAUAAGUCGCUCUGGAUAAGAGCGUCUGCUAAAUGACUUAAAUGUAAAUAAAGUUCACUCAAAUGUA